AUGGCUGUCCCGCACGUCUUGCGGGUGUGGAUGCACUUCUUGGCAAUCGUGCGCUUGCACGGGGAAGCUUUGCAGCCGCUGUCAAGAGCCCCCUUCAUGGCGUGUGCUGGCACAGAGGUUAUCAAAAGGGGGACCUGGGAGCACACUCAAAUCUUGGUUGACAAGUGGCCUGACAUCGAUUUGCCUCAUUCCCGUGUGAUACGCAAGGUUUUAUGGGCCAUUACGCACAACAACAUGCUCGAGGAACAUGCGGAGGAUUGCGGGUUUGCGCUGGCUACCGUUCUACUCGUUUCCUUGCGCGCUAUUGAUUAUGAUGAUGGGCCCGCGGAGGCUCAGAAAAUCUUCCACUACUUGACGAGGUCCCUCAUCCCAAAGUUAGAGCCGCACUUUGAAGAGGCAGCCGUGGAUGAGUGGGCACCCGAUCUGACCGACCUCAAAAUCUAUCCAUUCCUGCUGGGACUGGAACCGCAGCAUGAUUGCCAUGGUACCGAGCUGCGGCUCUUCGUGUAUAAGCUUCCUCAGCUGACCAGGGGUGUAUUGCACUGUCACCACGGCCAGUGGGGUUUGGAGGCCUUGAUUCCACAUUGGCUUCGACAGGGCUCGUGCUUAACGGAGGAUCCUGACAAGGCCCAUUUCUUUGUGGUGCCGUGGCAUACAUGGUGCGACCGUAUCAUUUACAAGAUGAACCAGACACGGCGAGAGGUCUCGGCCGUCUACAUCGACAUGAUCAAGCGCAAAGAGGAGGUCUUACCAUACUGGACCAAGAAUGACGGCUAUGACCACGUGUUCAUUUUUUCUGACCAGGGCAUGAACUUCUUUCCGGAAUGGCGGGAUUACAUCCCUCACUCCGUGUUCAUCGUCACCGAAGCGCUGACUCCCAGAUGUGGCCCGAGCUGCUUCAAUGCAUGGAAGGACUUUGUGAUCCCGGGUCACACAGAUUACUUCCGCUACAGACGGAUGGCGCAAUUCAAUCUGCCUUCCGAGCAGCGAACUCUGCUGUUCAACUUCCAUGGCCGGCAUCCGGGCCUCAACGAUCUUUACAAGAAGAACUUUGUGCGAGGUAACAUCAUCAAGGUUUUUGAUGGGCUGGAAGGCGUGAGCGUUGGUGGAUUCACAGACGAUUACUUCGAGCGUAUGGGCACAUCACAUUUUUGUCUGGUGCCUAUGGGAACCUCGUCUUGGACGAAUCACUUGUAUGAGGCUUUCUUUGCAGGUUGCAUACCUGUGAUUCUCAGUGAUGGCUUCAAGGUACCCUUUGAGAGCUUCUUGGACUGGCCCAGCUUCUCUGUCAAGUGGCCAAUGACUGACGUCAGCAUGGACCUGUACAACUUCCUGCUGAACACACCUGUGUGGAUGCUGCGCAGGAUGAAGGCCGAAGCAAAAGACUCGCGUGCCCAGCGAAAGGGCCAGCUGAUGCUGAUGAUGCUCCUGUGCUGCCCCUUUGUUCCCCCAACUGCCCAGCAAAAGGGCCAGCAGCUGAUGCUGAUGAUGCUCCUGUGCUGCCCCUUUGUUCCCCAACUGACGCUGAUGAUGCUCCCGUCCUGGCCUCUUGAGGCCCAGCAAAAGGGCCAGCUGAUGCUGAUGAUGCUCCUGUGCUGCCCCUUUGCCCAGCAAAAGGGCCAGCAGCUGAUGCUGAUGAUGCUCCUGUGCUGCCACUUUGUUCCCCAACUGACGCUGAUGAUGCUCCCGUCCUGGCCUCUUGAGGCCCAGCAAAAGGGCCAGCUGAUGCUGAUGAUGCUCCUGUGCUGCCCCUUUGUUCCCCAACUGACGCUGAUGAUGCUCCCGUCCUGGCCUCUUGAGGCUCAGCAAAAGGGCCAGCUGAUGCUGAUGAUGCUCCUUGCCCAGCAAAAGGGCCAGCUGAUGCUGAUGAUGCUCCGGUGCUGCCCCUUUGUUCCCCAACUGACGCUGAUGAUGCUCCCGUCCUGGCCUCUUGAGGCCCAGGAAAAGGGCCAGCUGAUGCUGAUGAUGCUCCUGUGCUGCCCCUUUGUUCCCGCCACUGACGUUGAUGAUGCUCCCGUCCUGGCCCAGCAAAAGGGCCAGCUGAUGCUGAUGAUGCUCCUGUGCUGCCCCUUUGUUCCCCAACUGACGCUGAUGAUGCUCCCGUCCUGGCCUCUUGAGGCCCAGCAAAAGGGCCAGCUGAUGCUGAUGAUGCUCCUGUGCUGCCCCUUUGUUCCCCAACUGACGCUGAUGAUGCUCCCGUCCUGGCCUCUUGAGGCCCAGCAAAAGGGCCAGCUGAUGCUGAUGAUGCUCCUGUGCUGCCCCUUUGUUCCCCAACUGACGCUGAUGAUGCUCCCGUCCUGGCCUCUUGAGGCCCAGCAAAAAGGGCCAGCUGAUGCUGAUGAUGCUCCGGUGCUGCCCCUUUGUUCCCCAACUGACGCUGAUGAUGCUCCCGUCCUGGCCCAGCAAAAGGGCCAGCUGAUGCUGAUGAUGCUCCGGUGCUGCCCCUUUGUUCCCCAACUGACGCUGAUGAGGCUCCCGUCCUGGCCUCUUGAGGCCCAGCAAAAGGGCCAGCUGAAGCUGAUGAUGCUCCGGUGCUGCCCCUUUGUUCCCCAACUGACGCUGAUGAUGCUCCCGUCCUGGCCUCUUGAGGCCCAGCAAAAGGGCCAGCUGAUGCUGAUGAUGCUCCGGUGCUGCCCCUUUGUUCCCCAACUGACGCUGAUGAUGCUCACGUCCUGGCCUCUUGAGGCCCAGCAAAAGAGCCAGCUGAUGCUGAUGAUGCUCCGGUGCUGCCCCUUUGUUCCCCAACUGACGCUGAUGAUGCUCCCGUCCUGGCCUCUAGAGGCCCAGCAAAAGGGCCAGCUGAUGCUGAUGAUGCUCCGGUGCUGCCCCUUUGUUCCCCAACUGACGCUGAUGAUGCUCCCGUCCUGGCCUCUUGAGGCCCAGCAAAAGGGCCAGCUGAUGCUGAUGAUGCUCCGGUGCUGCCCCUUUGUUCCCCAACUGACGCUGAUGAUGCUCCCGUCCUGGCCUCUUGAGGCCCAGCAAAAGGGCCAGCUGAUGCUGAUGAUGCUCCGGUGCUGCCCCUUUGUUCCCCAACUGACGCUGAUGAUGCUCCCGUCCUGGCCUCUUGAGGCCCAGCAAAAGGGCCAGCUGAUGCUGAUGAUGCUCCGGUGCUGCCCCUUUGUUCCCCAACUGACGCUGAUGAUGCUCCCGUCCUGGCCUCUUGAGGCCCAGCAAAAGGGCCAGCUGAUGCUGAUGAUGCUCCAGUGCUGCCCCUUUGUUCCCCAACUGACGCUGAUGAUGCUCCCGUCCUGGCCUCUUGAGGCCCAGCAAAAGGGCCAGCUGAUGCUGAUGAUGCUCCGGUGCCCGGCCCUUUUGCUGGGCCAGCUGAUGCUGAUGAUGCUCUGGUGCUGCCCCUUUGUUCCCCAACUGACGCUGAUGAUGCUCCCGUCCUGGCCUCUUGAGGCCCAGCAAAAGGGCCAGCUGAUGCUGAUGAUGCUCCAGUGCUGCCCCUUUGUUCCCCAACUGACGCUGAUAAUGCUCCCGUCCUGGCCUCUUGAGGCCGAGCAAAAGGGCCAGCUGAUGCUGAUGAUGCUCCGGUGCUGCCCCUUUGUUCCCCAACUGACACUGAUGAUGCUCCCGUCCUGGCCUCUUGAGGCCCAGCAAAAGGGCCAGCUGAUGCUGAUGAUGCUCCGGUGCUGCCCCUUUGUUCCCCAACUGACGCUGAUGAUGCUCCCGUCCUGGCCUCUUGAGGCCCAGCAACAGGGCCAGCUGAUGCUGAUGAUGCUCCGGUGCUGCCCCUUUGUUCCCCAACUGACGCUGAUGAUGCUCCCGUCCUGGCCUCUUGAGGCCCAGCAAAAGGGCCAGCUGAUGCUGAUGAUGCUCCGGUGCUGCCCCUUUGUUCCCCAACUGACGCUGAUGAUGCUCCCGUCCUGGCCUCUUGAGGCCCAGCAAAAGGGCCAGCUGAUGCUGAUGAUGCUCCUGUGCUGCCCCUUUGUUCCCCAACUGACGCUGAUGAUGCUCCCGUCCUGGCCUCUUGAGGCCCAGCAAAAGGGCCAGCUGAUGCUGAUGAUGCUCCGGUGCCCGGCCCUUUUGCUGGGCCAGCUGAUGCUGAUGAUGCUCUGGUGCUGCCCCUUUGUUCCCCAACUGACGCUGAUGAUGCUCCCGUCCUGGCCUCUUGAGGCCCAGCAAAAGGGCCAGCUGAUGCUGAUGAUGCUCCGGUGCUGCCCCUUUGUUCCCCAACUGACGCUGAUGAUUCUCCCGUCCUGGCCUCUUGAGGCCCAGCAAAAGGGCCAGCUGAUGCUGAUGAUGCUCCGGUGCUGCCCCUUUGUUCCCCAACUGACGCUGAUGAUGCUCCCGUCCUGGCCUCUUGAGGCCCAGCAAAAGGGCCAGCUGAUGCUGAUGAUGCUCCUGUGCUGCCCCUUUGUUCCCCAACUGACGCUGAUGAUGCUCCCGUCCUGGCCUUUUGAGGCCCAGCUGAAGCUGAUGAUGCUCCGGUGCUGCCCCUUUGUUCCCCAACUGACGCUGAUGAUGCUCCCGUCCUGGCCUCUUGAGGCCCAGCAAAAGGGCCAGCUGAUGCUGAUGAUGCUCCGGUGCUGCCCCUUUGUUCCCCAACUGACGCUGAUGAUGCUCACGUCCUGGCCUCUUGAGGCCCAGCAAAAGGGCCAGCUGAUGCUGAUGAUGCUCCUGUGCUGCCCCUUUGUUCCCCAACUGACGCUGAUGAUGCUCCCGUCCUGGCCUCUUGAGGCCCAGCAAAAGGGCCAGCUGAUGCUAAUGAUGCUCCGGUGCUGCCCCUUUGUUCCCCAACUGACGCUGAUGAUGCUCCCGUCCUGGCCUCUUGAGGCCCAGCAAAAGGGCCAGCUGAUGCUGAUGAUGCUCCUGCUGCUGAUGCUGAUGAUGCUCCGGUGCUGCCCCUUUGUUCCCCAACUGACGCUGAUGAUGCUCCCGUCCUGGCCUCUUGAGGCCCAGCAAAAGGGCCAGCUGAUGCUGAUGAUGCUCCGGUGCUGCCCCUUUGUUCCCCAACUGACGCUGAUGAUGCUCCCGUCCUGGCCUCUUGAGGCCCAGCAAAAGGGCCAGCUGAUGCUGAUGAUGCUCCGGUGCUGCCCCUUUGUUCCCCAACUGACGCUGAUGAUGCUCCCGUCCUGGCCUCUUGAGGCCCAGCAAAAGGGCCAGCUGAUGCUGAUGAUGCUCCGGUGCUGCCCCUUUGUUCCCCAACUGACGCUGAUGAUGCUCCCGUCCUGGCCUCUUGAGGCCCAGCAAAAGGGCCAGCUGAUGCUGAUGAUGCUCCAGUGCUGCCCCUUUGUUCCCCAACUGACGCUGAUAAUGCUCCCGUCCUGGCCUCUUGAGGCCGAGCAAAAGGGCCAGCUGAUGCUGAUGAUGCUCCGGUGCUGCCCCUUUGUUCCCCAACUGACACUGAUGAUGCUCCCGUCCUGGCCUCUUGAGGCCCAGCAAAAGGGCCAGCUGAUGCUGAUGAUGCUCCGGUGCUGCCCCUUUGUUCCCCAACUGACGCUGAUGAUGCUCACGUCCUGGCCUCUUGAGGCCCAGCAAAAGAGCCAGCUGAUGCUGAUGAUGCUCCGGUGCUGCCCCUUUGUUCCCCAACUGACGCUGAUGAUGCUCCCGUCCUGGCCUCUAGAGGCCCAGCAAAAGGGCCAGCUGAUGCUGAUGAUGCUCCGGUGCUGCCCCUUUGUUCCCCAACUGACGCUGAUGAUGCUCCCGUCCUGGCCUCUUGAGGCCCAGCAAAAGGGCCAGCUGAUGCUGAUGAUGCUCCGUGCCCAGCAAAAGGGCCAGCUGAUGCUGAUGAUGCUCCGGUGCUGCCCCUUUGUUCCCCAACUGACGCUGAUGAUGCUCCCGUCCUGGCCUCUUGAGGCCCAGCAAAAGGGCCAGCUGAUGCUGAUGAUGCUCCGGUGCUGCCCCUUUGUUCCCCAACUGACGCUGAUGAUGCUCCCGUCCUGGCCUCUUGAGGCCCAGCAAAAGGGCCAGCUGAUGCUGAUGAUGCUCCGGUGCUGCCCCUUUGUUCCCCAACUGACGCUGAUGAUGCUCCCGUCCUGGCCUCUUGAGGCCCAGCAAAAGGGCCAGCUGAUGCUGAUGAUGCUCCGGUGCUGCCCCUUUGUUCCCCAACUGACGCUGAUGAUGCUCCCGUCCUGGCCUCUUGAGGCCCAGCAAAAGGGCCAGCUGAUGCUGAUGAUGCUCCGGUGCUGCCCCUUUGUUCCCCAACUGACGCUGAUGAUGCUCCCGUCCUGGCCUCUUGAGGCCCAGCAAAAGGGCCAGCUGAUGCUGAUGAUGCUCCGGUGCUGCCCCUUUGUUCCCCAACUGACGCUGAUGAUGCUCCCGUCCUGGCCUCUUGAGGCCCAGCAAAAGAGCCAGCUGAUGCUGAUGAUGCUCCGGUGCUGCCCCUUUGUUCCCCAACUGACGCUGAUGAUGCUCCUGUCCUGGCCUCUUGAGGCCCAGCAAAAGGGCCAGCUGAUGCUGAUGAUGCUCCGGUGCUGCCCCUUUGUUCCCCAACUGACGCUGAUGAUGCUCCCGUCCUGGCCUUUUGAGGCCCAGCAAAAGGGCCAGCUGAAGCUGAUGAUGCUCCGGUGCUGCCCCUUUGUUCCCCAACUGACGCUGAUGAUGCUCCCGUCCUGGCCUCUUGAGGCCCAGCAAAAGGGCCAGCUGAUGCUGAUGAUGCUCCGGUGCUGCCCCUUUGUUCCCCAACUGACGCUGAUGAUGCUCCCGUCCUGGCCGCUUGAGGCCCAGCAAAAGGGCCAGCUGAUGCUGAUGAUGCUCCGGUGCUGCCCCUUUGUUCCCCAACUGACGCUGAUGAUGCUCCCGUCCUGGCCUCUUGAGGCCCAGCAAAAGGGCCAGCUGAUGCUGAUGAUGCUCCGGUGCUGCCCCUUUGUUCCCCAACUGACGCUGAUGAUGCUCCCGUCCUGGUCCUUGAGGCCCUGGAAAAGGGCCCAGCUGAUGCCGAUGAGCCUGCCUCUUUGUGCACCCCAAUCGAUGCUGAUUGCACCGGCCCUGAAGUGA